AUGGCGAGAUGGGCCAUGCACCUCAGCCAGUUCGACAUUGAAUUCAAACCAAGGCCCGCCAUCAAAGGUCAAGCCCUUGCGGACUUCAUAGUGGAAUGCACAGCCCGCGAGGUGACGGAGCAGGUGGAAAAUGAAGAUGGGGAUGGUGGACCUUGUCUACGGAUGGCUCAUCCAAUAGUAAAGUCAGGUGACUGGGAAUAUGAAGCCAAUGAAGGGAACAUGCAAAGGUACAGGGGGGAAUAUGAAGCCAAUGAAGGGAACAUGCAAAGGUACAGGGAUGCAGUGCUGCGAACCUUGCGAGAAUUCGAAGGGUAUGAAAUUCACCAAGUACCUCGAGAGCGAGAAUUCGAAGGGUAUGAAAUUCACCAAGUACCUCGAGAACAGAAUGCUGACGCUGACAUGCUCUCCAAGCUGAGCACUGGGAUCCCCGGUCACGUUCGCAAGAUUGCUCGGGUUGAGGAUUUGGAGACAUCCAGCAUCGACAUCUCAUGGGUCUGCCCCGUGCAAUCCAGAGAGCCAUGUUGGAUUGACCACAUCACAAAGUACAAGAAGGAUGACACUUUACCAGCGGACGAGCAAGAUGCAAAACUAGCAAGGUUGCAGGCACCCAGCUACGUGAUAUUGGAAGACAAGUUAUAUAAACGAUCCUAUAAUGGCACAAUUUUGAAGUGUGUAUACCCUGACGAAGCAGAGUUGAUGAUGAGAGAAGUCCACGAAGGAGUGUGCUCCGCGCAUCAAGGAGCAUACACCAUAGCUCGACGCAUCAUGCUGCAAGGCUUCUUCUGGCCAAAGAUGUUGAAGGAUUGCGCAGAAUACGCCAAGCGAUGCCCUAAGUGUCAAGAAUUCCAGACAUUGCCAGGACGACCCGCGACCAACUACACUCCGGUGAGCACAACAAUUCCAUUCUCAAGAUGGGGAAUAGAUUUGGUGGGAGCCCUGCCCACGGGCUCGGGAAGCCGGAAGUACAUUAUCGUGGCCAUUGACUACUUCACCAAAUGGGUGGAAGCUGAACCUCUGGCUAGCAUCACAGCAGCCAGGUGUAAAAAGUUUGUAGAGAAAAACAUACUAUGCCGCUUCGGCAUCCCCAUCCAAGUAAUCACUGACAACGGACGUCAAUUCGAAGGCGGAGAGUUCUCAGACUUUUUGACGGGAUGGGGCAUCAAGCACAGCCGGGUGGCGGUGUCAUACCCACAGGCGAAUGGUCAAGUAGAGAAUGCCAAUAGAACCAUCCUUGAUGGUUUGAAGAGGAAAUUGGAAGCAGCUGGCGGGGCGUGGGUUGAGGAACUGGACAGCAUCCUUUGGACCUAUCGCACAACCCCAAGGAGGGCUACUGGUGAAACUCCUUUCGCCUUGAGUUACGGGUUCGAAGCUCGAGGGAUGGAAGAAUACGAGGCACAGCAAAACGAGAUCCAACAAGGAACCGAUCUCAAUUUCAUAGAUAAAAGCGAGAAGCUGCGUUCUGUAGGAUGGAAAACUACAACAGGCAGUUGA